GAAGAAACAAAAGAGAUAUCUCAUUGCCAGGAUGAGAAAUCCCGACGCAAACUUCUCGCAGCACAAGGCAGGGAGGGACCUUAUUUAAGAGCCGCAGCCACUGUCCGUCCAGACCAUGCCCCAUCUCUUCAUCUUCAGGCAUUACUCCCCCCCCCGGUUCUUUGCAGAGGGAAGAGACGACAACGCACUAGAUACACUUGAUACCGACCAUGGCCUCCUCACGCAACGAAACCCGGCAAGCUGACACCAAGAUGCCCCCCCGCCAGGACGGAGAACAAAAACAACCCAACCCCUCGGCAGAACACACCUACUUCUUCUACGGCUCCCUCAUGGACCCCCUGACCUUCCAGGGCGUCACCCUGGCCCCCGAUCUUCCGGAAUACCGCGACGCCUGGAUCGAAGGCUACGAAGUGAAGAUGUGGGGUCCAUACCCUGCCUUGCGUGCCGUCUCCCAGGGAGCCAGCAAUAAUAGCAAUAGCAGCAGCAGCAGCAGCAGCAACAUCCCGGCCACUCCCCCCCCUUUCUCCGACGCAAAGCAGCCCAGGGUCGUCGGCAAGGUCUGGGUCGAUUCCUCCCGCGACCCGGACAUCUUCCGCCGGCUACAGAGAUACGAGACGGACAGCUACGAGGCGCGCAUCGUGACCGUCCACUUUUCGGACGGGAAACCCGCUCCCAUCCAGGCGCGUGCCUUUGUGUGGGCGGGCGAACAGUCGGCUCUGCGAGACGGAGAGUUCGAUUUAAAGCUGUACCAGGGCGUUUUGGGCGGGCCUUCUUCUCUGUAGCUGCGGUUUUAAUCUCGUUGCCGGGGAAGCGCCGAGAAUCGGCGUGUCCUCGGUGCUUGUUUGACGGAAAUUUGACUUGGGAAUCCGGGCGGAGGAGUCUCGGCUCGAGGGUCCCAGGAGCCUGUCAAGUGCGGCGGAAGAGUUCGAUCUCACAACGGGUCUUCAGAGCCGUAAGAAACACUUAAAUAGACUGGACUGAUGCAAUUUUCCAUACUGAGACAAUCCCCCCAC